GUCCUGGUCACUGGUCACCCACCCAUCACACCUCCAUUCGAAAGCGGAAACCUCCCUGAUUUCCCCAUCUCCUCCCCCAAAACCCUAGCACCGCUCCUCCUUCCCCAUGUGAUGGGAUGCCGUCCAAACCCUACCCCCAGCCCCUGACCGCCGCUGCCUCCUUCACCGCGACCUGGAUGUCCGCAUGGACGGCUUACGGGCCCUGAUCGCCGCCGGGGCCACCGCCGUCUGCUGCGUUGUCUGUGCCAUCUGGGCAUUCCGCUCCCCUUCCUCCUCUCCCCCCAAGAAGCACAUUCCUUCACGCUGCUGCGGCUGCGCUUCCUGUGGCUGCCACGCAAAUACCACUUUCUCCAGCGCCAGCGGCGAGAUGGCCGUCGGCGGGGAGAUGAACAAGGCGCCGGCGCCAGCACCUGCAACGACGGGCGCCUCCAUGAUGGAGCAGCUCGUGCCUGAGAUUACCACCCACGCGCUCAGCUACCUCGACUGUACUAGCCUCUGCCGCCUCUCGAUGACCAACUCAGCCAUGCGCCGUGCCGCCAACGACGAUGGGGCUUGGAAGGCGCUCUACCACAAGGAUUUUACAGCAGAGCAGGAUACUAUAACUCCACCUAACGGAUGGAAGGCAUACUAUGCAGCUACAAAGGCCAUCAUGAAUGUGAAUGCCGAGUUCUAUAAUAUCAUCAGGGAAGGAUCCUUGCCAGCAAUGAGUCACUUCUGGCUUAACUCAGACUAUGUAAAAUGCGUGCAUGCUACUGGAGAACUUUUUACAGGAUACAAUGCAGUGAUGAACAGCUGGGGCUUGUUAUUCAACUGGGGCCAAGAAGGAGGCCAGGGCACUGAUUUUCAGCUACGGGAUGUCGGAGCUCGUGUACUUGCUGAUGUAGCAUGGGUUAACAUGAAGGUUCAUGUCGAUGUUGACCCAGGGCCGUUCCAUGUGACCAAUGUAUACGAGUUCCGUAAUGGCAGGUGGUAUAUGGUUCAUCACCAUAGCUCGCUCAUGGCUGACCCAGCGCCACAUAACCUGUUUGGCUGAAUUCAACAACAAAGUAUCCUCCGCAGGAAAACUUCAUCACAGAUUGUCAUGUUGCCUCCUUCUGCAGUUUAGACUGGUAGUAGAUACUAAAUGUGUUUGUAGAGACCUUUUCUUCACCCUGUUUUCUCUGUUCAUUCAUCCUGAAUCACUGCUCUCUUUAUAUUUUGCCCAUCAGUUUUGUAUAAAUGUGUGAUCAUUGGAGGGUA